UUAUAUCUGAUUUCUGCUGCCCGGGGCCCUGGAUUUUCUUGAUGCGAAAGGCAAUUCGAUGCUGCCCGAAAUUCGUCAACUUAACCGUUUUUCAAAUUCAUUUGAGCGCCAAAAUAGAACAAAACGUAAAGACAUGGGUUUGUAUGAGUUACUAAAAAUUUAUCGAAGCUCAAUAAUCGACAGCUCUAUUCUCAAAAACAGAAGUACUUUUCUCUCAGAAACUGAUCAGUUAGCAGCAUUACAGCUAUCAUUUAUUUUAUUACAAAAAAAGUUAGGAUUGAAUACGGAUAUUUCUUCAAAAGAACUGUUUUCAUAUCGUGACAUAAUCUUGAGACUCAAAGAUAAUACACAGAUAUUUGAUGAAGAUGAACCAGAUUUUAAAAACAAAAAUGACAAAGAGUUGUAUAAUAGCUACAAUCUAUUUUUAAAGCACUGUAAUAUGAUUGAUGAAAUCGAUGUUAAAAACUCCGCUGUGAAACUUAUCAAGGAGCAGCCAAGUGGUGGUGAUAAAAAAGAUAGAGAUGUUUUGUCACCAGUUCCUAAAGCUUUAAACACUGAUAUUGUGCAAUUUCGUAGAGUGGUUAUUGGUUAUCUGCAGUUAUUAGUAAAUUCUCGAGAUGAAAUUGCACUUGCACGUGUUAUUGAUCUUCCAUCUCGAGGAAUUGACCAUGCCGCAUUUACAGAAAUUCGAAAGCAUGCUACAAAAAAAUCAAUGUCAAUGUAUCAGGUUGUGUGUUCAUUUUCACGUCAAAUUUUGUUAGGUGGUAAAGGCUAUCAUCCUGAUAAUCAACAUAUUCUUUUUAAACAUAAAGAGGGAUUGGUAAAUUUCAUUCAGCUGGUAGAUGAAUUACAAACAGCAUUAGAUGAUUCAAUACAGUUUAAAGAUGGUAUUAAGCAAAUACUAAAGAUAUUAAAAAAUACAUUUAUUAAAUGCAAAACACCUGUGUUUUCUUCAUCUCUUGUAUCACAAACAUUAAACAACAUCUUAAUGGAUUUUAAUGAAUUUGGAAUCAAUCAAUCAACUGAUUCUGAUAAAAUACUAUUGUUGCGUGAUUUUCUAGAUUAUAUGAGCUGUAAAUAUGGCAAUAACAUUAAUGCAACAUCUUCUCUCUGUGGAAUUCUAUCAACACCUGUACCAAACUCAGCAGUGUAUGUUAAGUUGACAACUUUUUCUACUAAAUUUAGAACUCCUGAGGUUAAUGAAGAAACUCCUAAAAAAAUCAAGCUGAGCAAGCAAAACAAAGAAAAUUCGUGCGCAAGACCUUUAGUUGAGUUGCAAACGGGUUUUUCAGAAAAGCUGUCUAAGUAUGAUGAAAUAGAAUCUCCCUCUCCUUUUGUUUGUAUUAUACGCUGUCUAAAAAGCCCGUUGAAGGAAGUUAGUAAUCAACUAUCAAAAAACAUUUUAAACGAAACUCGUGAAUUAAAAAAAGAACCGUCAAGAUUUUUAAAGCGGAAGAAUUCAAGAAAAUUGUCAAGCGUUUCAAAGAAAUUAAAUCUUCUUCCAGGACAACAAACCAUAACUAGUUUCUUUAAUAUGACGUAGUAUAUUUCCUGUGACUUACAUCGCCCUGUGAUAAAACAAGUUUUAUAAUUUCUAAAAUGA